AUGCAGGUUGAUUUCCGACUUCCCAUUAUCUUUUCUAUCCUAGCCGCAUCGGCUUUUGGAAACCCCCACAGGACGUGUACUUGUGAAGAUCGGGUGGGGUAUUUUAGGUAUAAUCAUUGGAGGAUCAACGACCAAAAUACACAAACGGCGUGCAACGCCUAUCGCAACUCCCCUGGCACUGGCUGGGAUAAAUGCUCCGACUGUGUUUACUCGAAUGAUUGGUGUCAUUCUGCGAGUAACUCCAUGGGAGGUGAUCAGUGGUUGGCCGCCUGCAAAGCCGCAGGCAGCCAAGGUUCUGCUUGCAACUAA